AUGAUGUUGGCCAAGUCAUCGGACAAGCGCCGCCAUUGCUCUCGAGGAGAGAGAGCGACUGCACUGAUGCCCCGCCAUGGGGAGACGGAGGUGAACUCCGUUGAUGCCGGCUCCUCGCCGCCUUUCCAUCAACAUCUCUUUUCCAGCAGCGGCACCGUCCUCCUCGAGGACAUGCUCGAAGAGGAAGAGGAGGGCGGCGGCGGCGGCGAGAGGCUCGUGCUGCACUUCGAUUCGUCGCCGCCGUCGUCUUCGCCUCCUUUCGCCCCCCGUACGGAGGCAGCAGUGGAUGACGACGCACCCCCUGAUGUGGUGGAGGGGGUGAACAGCACCACGGCAACGGUGGCGACCCCAAGCACGUUGCGUCUCCCUGCUCAGGAUGGAACGACCGCCGCGCCGCGUAUCGCAGCUGCGGCCCCCGAGUCAUCGGCACGAGCGCCAUUGAGCACGGCGGCUACGGAGAGCGUCGGGGCGAGCUUCAGCGGUGCACCGCGCCGCCUGCUGCUUCUUCGCCCAGACACAGGAGACGCACCUUGUUCGCUUUCGACCGCCUCCUCCACGGCAGUGCCGCCAGCGGCGCCGCUCUCAUCAGCGCUGAGCAGCGCACGAGGCGGUCGCGUCCUUCGCAUAAGCACCGCCGCUGCGGCAAAGUCGGAUACCCUCUCAGCGGAACCGGCGCAAGGGGCGCCGGAUACACCAUUGCCAGCCUGCGCGGUGACCACGAGGACUGCGGCAACUGAAGCGACCAGCAGCACUCUCAAGGUAGCGGCGCCGGCACUAUCGACAACUCCCGUCUCGGCCUCCGAGACAGCGGGCACUCCUGAGUCUCGUGAAUGGCAGCCGUUUCUCCUGUCUUUCGCCUACCCGGUCUGCUCGACCGACGCUACCACUACAGCGCAGAAGCUACCGCCUCUACUGUCGGCGCCGGCUGCUAUGAAGGGCCGCCGCGCCAUCGUGGUGCACUUGGAGUUUGUUGCUGUCGUGGUCGGUGCGACCACCUCUGGCCCUGACGCCGCUUCCAUAGCCGCGCACUGCUCACGUGGGAGUGUUGCAUCGUGCGGCUGGUCGUCGAAGUGCCUCUCUACCGAUGCCCUUUCACCUGACGUAGCCGCGCGCGACACCACGCACAGAACAUCACAUGGCUACUCGGUCAUCAUAGGAGAUGCGUCCCUGGCGUCCCGCUGCUUCAUGUGCCCGCUGGUGGCGGCCGUGCUGCCUGGCAAUAGCGGCCGCUGCUAUGACGCGACAUGCAAAUUACCCACCAAUAGCGGCACUGGAGAAGUGCGCGCUGGCCCGCUGCUUGAUGUGUGGGUGCGUGCUGUGUCGGGGCGGCAGCUCUCCGCACAGCAGAGGGGCCAUCGCAACGCGCGCGAACUCCUUUCCUCGAUGCCGGAAAUUGUGCUGAAGGAUCAGCCGCGCCCACAGCAGGGGGCUGCCACACUAGAGGGCGCCACACGAGACGAGGGUACAUGCCGUGCGCCUGCGAUGCAGUCGUCAUCAUGUGAGUUGUCGCAGCCGCUGUCCACGACCGUCUUCACGGCGUCGUGGCUUUCCCAACUGUGCUGCGUUUUCACUCCGUGCCACCUUGCCACGUCACCCUACCGGCACCCGCACGCGGGCAACGUGCGAAGGCCGCGACCGGCGAGGCGCUCCCUGUGGCCGUCAUCACGCUCGCCAAGUCUGGUGUGGGUGGCGACGCAGGUGACGCAGGACUGCGUCGUGACUCACCCGCGCUGCCUCACCGGCUCCACGUCCUCGCCGCCACUCCGUGCAAGUGAGCCAAAAGGCAAGGUGCGGUACUACUGGCUGCGAAGCGACCCCCGCCAGAGUGAUGCGCUGCACCGGCAUCUCUGUCGCGUCUUCGCUUGCUGGGCAAGCGCCACUUCUGCACCGCUUUCGGCGUCGUCAUCGCAUUUGUGCGCGUCGCCGUGCGCGGCGAGUGACGUUGUGACGGCUUCCUCUCUUCUCGACAUCGUCGUUACGAAGGCCAACCCACCAACGCUGAGCUUGCGUGGUGGCGCUGUAGGCACUGCGUCUGCCGUGCUGGUGGCAGACGAGACGCUUCACACUGCGGAGCUGGAGGCCGAGGACGCGGCGGAGGCGCCGUCAGCCGCGCCCGCCGCGCCGCUUGUUGCCGCAGCUGAAAGGCGAAGACUCUCUCCGUCGGCGCUGCGCGCCCGCGUUGCCAUCACUGCUGCUGUGCUGCAGCACCUCAUGUGGGGCGCCGUGGAGAGAUCGGAUACAAGUUGCAAGGGCGAGGCAUCAAGGGCUGCUACUCUGGAGCGGAAGGCGAUGAGCGACCCCGAGCGAACACCAUCGACGCCGCCGCCACCGGGAGAGCAGUGUGUCGUGCAUUUGGAGGGAGUCACCUCGCGUCUUGUGUGCGCCGCGCGAGCGCUGGCAGUGCACUGGGUGUGCGGCAGUCCGUCUCUCUUGCACAACGCACCCGCAUCGCUGAUGGGCUUUCUCACGGAGGAGCAGCAGCUGCUGUCAUCUAUUUUGCCCGUGAGGCGCUUGCUGAGUGGCAUUUGUGCUCGCGUUGCAAAGGGCUUCGACGCAUGCGACCCCGUGAGGGCUCCCUCCACCACGUGGCUCGACAUGCUGCACCACUUCGCAACCGAGUACGCUUCUGCCUCACUGGCGGCGUUGACGUGGCUGUCGCAGCACGCCGUCGACACACAGCUGCUUCGGGAAGAGGGCCUUGUGUCGCUACGCCUCCACGAAGCCGAGCGCGCGCUGCUCUGUUCUGCGCCGGCGUUACCGACCUCGUCGCGGCAUGGUGGGCUGGUAAGGCACCGAUUGAGCUCCGGCAAGGGUCCAGCGUUUCGACUCGGUUCUUACACUGAGGAGUCACAUCAGCGCUUCUCUCGGGACGACGGCACAACUGUUGUAGGGAGGUCGGUGCUUCAAGCACCCCUGCGAGGGAAGGUGAAGGUGCGCGUCGAGCACGCUGCCGUGAUGAACGCGUUCAUGGUGCACCUUGAGUGGACGACGACGAUGUCGGCGGCAGUCUACGAUGCACCCCCGCUAGCACCCUUCCCGGACGUCCACGCAGCAGUGGAGCUGCCUUUUCUCCUACUUGUCUUUGUGGUCGCAGAGGACGUGGACGGCACUGCGCAUGACUCUGCGGAUUCUUCAUGGACGAGCGACGAUAAGAGUCUCAGAGGCCCUCAUGGCGUUGGUGGGUGCGCAGUGCGCCUGUACCAGGCGACGCCUUUCUCCUGGUACGUGAGCGCUGCCACCUGUACUGCCAACGGCUUCGCGGCCCGCACGACCCAAUUGCUGACGCAUGCCCUGGAUCUGGUGGCGCGACAGCCGGGCGUCUUUGAGGGGUUUCACCUGCAGGCUGUCACGGGUCUUGGCAGCGGCGCAACUACCACGGCGGCUGGCAGCACACGGACACGAACAACACUGAAGCGUACGCGCGGUCGCCGGCGCGGCACCGGCUGUGCCGAUGGCGUUGGAGAGGGGGGUGCGUCUGCCACUGCCGUAUUGAGCAAACACGGGGCACUAGGUGCAGACACUGCCGCUGCGCGGCGCAGCAGGGCCCGGCCUCGAGCAGGCAAGAGGCGAAGAACGGGCGUGAACGACAACGACGACGGCCGCAGCGAAGGCAGCGAGACGUCUAGUGACAAUGAAGACGGCACAAUCGACUCGGAAGUCGAUGAUGACGAUGCGAGCAUCCUAGUGCUCCAUGUGGGGUCGAGUCGCGGCUUUCGAGCCGCCGCCGCUGCGGCGUCGCCACCAGACAGCGCCCCUGCGCGCUGCCGACGACCCGACAGCGGCUUUCACAAGAGCUCGAGCAACGCAUCUCUGUCGGUGUUUGACACGGCGCGCGUCAUACCCGUGGUUGUGUUUCGCCAAGAUGCUGCCGCUCCGCUGCUGGAGGUAGAGGUGAGCCAAGCAAGUCAACUGGCCGCGCAGCUCGCGGCGUUCGGUAGCAGGGCAACGAGGAGUGCCGGCAGAAACGCCAAGGACGAAGACGAUCCACAGGAGGAGGCGUCGCGCGUGUUGUGCGCAUUGCUGGAUCACUGGAUCGGCUUCAGCUCACUGCACGCGGCGGCACCGCACUAUGUUGCAAGCUUGCAAGCCUCCCAACGGCACGGCGCUCUCACGCUGACCACGCAACUGGGCAGCUUGUCUUCUCAGACAGGGGCGCUGACGGAGCGUUGCGUCCUUUAUGCCUACGCGGAUUUGCUGCGGAGUCUGUGGCGAGAACUGGCGCAUCUUUCUGAAUCCUCCCCGCCCUCUACGGAGACCUCUCCUUCGGCGUCCUCGCCCCUCACCAGAUUCGUGUCGGUGGCUGCGCUGCGUGCACAUGUGCUGGACCCCGUGUGCGUUGCGGCGGCUAUUGAAGCUGCCAUCGCUGAGUACGAGCGACAGGACAUCGAGUGCCGGAAGCGUCUACUGGCUGCGAAAUGGUAUGCGGCGGCUCAGUGGGCCUUGGGGGAGGCCGAGGAGGAGGAGAAGAAAAAGAAGGAAGGCGGCGCCGGCAACACUGGCGGUGCGCGGCGGAGUAAGCCAAGGAAGCAGACACAGCAGCAGCAGCGGCAGCGUCAAGAGGCGGAGGCGUCGACCGAGGCUGCGGCGCGAGCCACGUGGGCGUCACUCACCAUGCAGACGAAUGCUCUCGUCCGCGCGUUCUACGCGGAGGUGCUGCGGGCGUUUCCUCUUGCGUCGCCACCGCUGCCGACAGAUAACCAGCCUCGCACGAUACAUGCCGAGGUGGAGAGCGGCUCUUUCUGUGGGACGUCAGGCAGGAAUGUGCUGCCAAGGGGCGUGUCCAGUUCUUGGAGCCCUACUGCUUCAGAGAAGCGUGCGACCUUGCUGUCUUGCCUCCGAGGUCUCCUGCAGUCCGUGGAGGUUGAGGAGGAGGGGCCGCCGCCGCCGCGACGCGGUGACACGACAGUCCCUACUUCGCCAGCUUUUAGGCUGCAACUGACCGGCGCAUCCGCCGACAAAGUCUCCUUGCUGCAGACGUUGCCCUCCUCUUUAAAGUCGCGACAGUGGCGUGCAACAGGCGCAGGUGCUGCGGCAGACCUGAACGUCACGGUCGCCCAGCUAGCCGAGACGUGUGUGGCGCAGCUGUCAUGCACUCCUUCGCAUUCGUGUCUCCGCUUAGCCGGCGCCACUUCUGCAAGCGCGCGGAGCGGAAAGAAGAGAGUUGAAAAGGUGGCUCCGUGGCCGGUGGCGGGCGACGAUGCAGCGGCGCAGCGAGCUGCUGAGCUACUGCUCGUCAGCGACGCUCUCCUGUUGCCGCGCGGCAAGCGGAGAGCGUCGGCGGCUUCCGCGCACGGUCAGGCGACCGCUGCCAAACUUGCGUUGCCGUUGGCGCAGCUGAUGAUGAACGCAGAAGCCAUGCUACACUGA